CCUUGGAGCAACAAGUACAUCGAGGGGCGUGGCUUUCAUGAUGGUCAAUCCAGUACUCUCCGUCAUAUCAAUCCCCUCAUCGCCCACCGUCCAAAAGUCAAAAGAGUGCAACAACCUAGCCAACACGAAAUGCAUCAUCUGCAGGCCGAAGUUGUAGCCCGGGCAGAUCCUCCGGCCAGCGCCAAAUGGGAUCAGCUCGAAAUCCGAGCCCCGGACAUCCAUAUUCUUGUGAGUGCUCAGAAAUCUCUCAGGCUUGAAUUCCAAGGCAUCGGGGCCCCACACGUGCGGCCACGUUCCCUUGGGUAUGUGGUAGCCUCCUACUGUGCAGUCCUCGGAAAACUCACGGGUGCCGCCAAGGGGGCCUGCAGGAUAUACCAGAUUGCGGAUGUCUGA